AUGAUCAAACUGGCAUGCAGUCGGCUAACACUAGUUUUAAACUUUUUAUCAGCCACCUCAAUUCCACGGAAUGUGACCCAGACGUUCAGUCCAUCAGCUGGCGGAUACGAGGGCAGAAGAAGCUGUUACACUGGCGAUUAUAGUGGAAGAUGUGCCAUGGACGACUUCGAGAAUGGCGAGACAUCAUGGAACAUGAUUCAGACAGUCGAAGAUGUGCACCCACAUUUAGGCAUAAGCUCCUUGUCUGACCAGUGUAGUUACAAUGAGGCUACAACUAGUAACAAUCACAAUGCAACUGUUUCACAAGAAGACAGGAGCAGAUACAGCAGCAAUGCGUACAAUGGAACUACCGAGUUAUCAAUCCGGUAUUCAGACAGCGAUUUAUUUGGUAAAGCAUCAGAGCACAAUACUGAAUCCGUUGCAAACUAUCUGCCAUCUUAUGGCCGAAGCACGGAGCUAGUGUUGCAUGCACAGCCAAUAAAAAGCAAGGAAUGCACAGCACUAUCAGUUUUUCCUGUAGCGCAGGCAGGUAAUCAAUCUAGAACCAGUGUUGCUUUUCCUGUUGAGGAUGGCGACCCAGACAACCAUAUUAUGAGUAGAAGUUCACCUCUACUUGGCUUCAGCAAAGAUAUAAUGCCCGGUAAAAGUGAAAAUAGCACUCUGUUUGGCACAUGCAGUGUUAUUGAUGAAAAACAAAAUCUACAUCCUAGCCAAUUGGAAACCGAUAGAGCUGUUAUUCUUAGAAAUUCAACAGUCAGCCAAACAGAACCUGCUCUUAAACAGGACGCAAGCUACUUAUAUGAGACAGUUGAGGUAGUAAGGAAAUGGUACGAAACAUUAACUACCGAAGUCUCAAGACUGGUAAAUGAAACACUCAAUCCGCAUAUUGCAGAUCAAAAAACUAUCUCUGGAUCUCCAAUUAUCACAGACAUACUCACAUGCGUAACUGUGGCAGGCAUAACAUUCACCAUAGCGUUUUUAAUUUACUGUUAUACCAGCAAAUACUCAAAUAUUUCGACAACCAAUGCAAAUGCUAAAGGCUUAUUUUACAUUUCAUUCUUUACCGGUAUAAGAUUGAUUGCUACUCUAUGCUUCGGUGGAUAUAGUUCUAUCAAUGCACCCCUGGUAGGCCUAUACACAACCACCGGUCUGAGUUUGCACCACUAUAUCCUGAUUGAUAUCCUUUUACUUGUCUCUGUUCUCACUACGUAUCUGUGUCUUAGUGAUGGGAUAAGCAAAUACCAUAAUGUUAACAAGGGGUUUAUGUUCUACGCCACUCUUAUUUCCAGCUUGACCAUGAUGGCAACAGUGGUAGCACUUCUUCAAACUUAUCCAAUGAAUGCUAUUAUUCUUCCAUACAUAGCGAUUACUACCUCAUUGGUGCCAUUUAUGAUCAAGCUUAUGCCUAGACUUCGUGCAAUCAAGAGAUAUGAACAAUAG